AUGAAGGGCCAGAAACACCUAACGAUUGUCAUCAAACUGGGCACAAGCUCUAUCGUCAGUGAAAAAAAUCAUGAGCCUCUACUCUCCGUUCUCUCUCUCAUCGUCGAGACAGCAGUCCAGCUUGUCAAGGAUGGCCAUAAAGUAGUCAUUGUCUCUUCUGGCGCCAUUGGCAUGGGAUUGCGACGAAUGAAGGCUCUUGCUAGUGUUGGACAAUGCCAGCUUAUUGGGCUGUGGAAUACUCUCUUCGCGCACCUGCAACAGCCAAUUGCACAAAUUCUGUUGACUAGGAAUGAUAUUGCGGACCGCACCCAGUAUCUCAAUGCGCAGAAUACUUUUACAGAGCUGUUCAACAUGGGCGUUAUCCCUAUAGUCAAUGAAAACGAUACGAUCGCAGUGUCGGAAAUUCGUGAGGUUGAAAAAUUUGGUGACAAUGACACGCUAUCUGCCAUCACCGCCGCCAUGCUUCAAGCGGAUUAUCUGUUCCUGAUGACUGAUGUCGACUGCCUCUACGACAAAAACCCAAGAAUGCACGCAGAUGCGAGGCCAAUUGACAUUGUUGAAGAUAUUUCGGCCCUAGAAGCCGAUGUAUCAUCAGCUGGGUCAGCGUUGGGGACUGGUGGCAUGUCUACCAAGAUUGUUGCCGCAAGGCUUGCCAUUUCUGCUGGGGUCACCGCAGUAAUUACUCGAUCAUCAAAACCUGGUAACAUAAUUGAAGUAGUCAACUAUGUAGAAUCGUUAAGACGAUCGCCUCUCGUGUCAUCGCUCCCACUCACGCCUUCUACAGAGCGCGAGGAUCUUUCAAAAUCAACAGCAUCAUUGCAGAUGAAUGGCCCUCUGAGAACUCCCCCUUUGCACACGCGUUUUAUACCAGAUCUGCAGCCUAUACGCGACCGCUCGUUCUGGCUGCUACACGGCCUGGCACCUCACGGUACUAUGUAUAUAGACGAAGGCGCCCACCAAGCGCUAAAAUCGAGAGCCGGCCUUUUACCAGUAGGCAUCGUUGAUGUCGAAGGCCAAUUCGCACAACAAGAAGCCGUGCGACUCCUCGUUGUCAAGCAGAAAAGUAAUGGGCCUCUUGAAAGCGACGCAACUGUGAAUGGUGGUGGGGUUCCUGUUGAUAUACCCUCAGCUCCCCUUGAGGUAGGAAGGGCGCUCGUGAAUUAUUCAUCAGCCGAAAUUAUGCGAAUCAAAGGUUGUCAAAGUACCGAGAUCCGAAGCUUGCUGGGAUUUGCGGAUUCGGAAUAUGUUGCUCUGAGAGAAAAUGUGAGUCUUGCAAGAAAUGAAAAAAGCAGGCCUGUCACUCCGAUAAGCAGGAGACGUCUCACGCGGCUGAUACGAGCUCUUACGCCGCCGAUGAAAAAAGGUAAGGACGGGGAAGAGGACGUUGUCUCCGUCAUGAUGCAGUAA